AUGAUCCAACUUCCGUCAUCUUACCCGUAUGCACUAGACAGUCUCACAAGACUAGCACGAAAUUCCUGGACGGAUGCCGACUUCCAAAACCUCAUCGCGUCGUUCCCAGACGACACCAAGCAGAGCGCCGAUGCGCUAAUCGCCCAUGUACAAGACCUUACGCGGCGCGAUAUCAAGGCUGUGUACUUGAAGCAACUACAAGGCCAUCUAUGGACAACCGGCUUCCGCAGCGGUGAUCUCAAAACUCCACUCUUCGACGAUGUAGUCCCGACACUCGAGCAAUGGAAAGCUGCUGGCAAGACUCUAGCCAUCUUCUCCUCCGGCAGUGUGCAGGCACAGCUCCAAUUCUUUUCCUACGUCAGAGACGGGCCGAAGACGAGGGACAUUAAGCCCCUGUUCUCCGCUCACUACGAUACCGUGAAUGCGGGUCCAAAAUUGGAGAAGGCUUCUUACGAGAAGAUAUGCUCCGAGUUGGGCAAGGACGUAUCCCAAGUCACUUUCUUGACUGAUAACGUGAAAGAGGCCGAAGCAGCGAUAGAAGCUGGCGUCUAUGCUGUCGUUGUUGACCGUCCGGGUAACGCGCCUCUGUCUGAUGAGUCGAAGGCGAAGUUCGCUGUCAUUGAGAAGUUGACUGAUUUGCCCUAA